GGAGUAUGAACGGCAGGUUCCAGCUGCGGCCGGGUGAGGAGCUGGGCCUCAGGCUUCCCCGCUGUCGCCGUAGCGCCGUCUGCCGCCACUUCUCACGCGCGGGAUGCUGCUGCUGGCGCUGGGCAGCUCGUGGGCGGCCGGACUUCGGCUCGGAGGGAAGAGGACGGUGCCGUGGGCGGCCGCCGCGCGGCUGGCCUCCUGUAGUGGCUCCUCGGGGCUGGUUGGCUGCGGAAGCGUGGGGCUGCGGAGAGCCUCGCCGCUUCUCGGGCGUCGGGUGCGAACGCAGAUACCUCUUUGUUGGGAAAGAUGGGUUCAGUGCUUACAUACACAGCUUGAAAAAUCAGAAGAUGGAAGGCUGAUUUAUACUGGGAAUCUGGCGAGAACAGUAUUUGGUGUGAAAUGUUUCUCUUAUUCGACAAGUGUCAUCAGCCUUGCAUUACUACCAUACAUUUUUGCGCAAAACAGUAUUAUAUUUGGAAGUCUGCCUUUGCAAAUAUUAUUUUAUGGCAUCAUAGGGAGCUUUACCAUGAUCACUCCAGCACUGCUUCACUUUGUUACAAAAGGCUAUGUCGUUCGGCUGUACCAUGAAGCUACAACAGACACUUAUAAAGCCAUUACUUACAAUGUUGUGCUUCUAGAAACGAGUACAGUGUUUCACCAGAAUGACGUGAAGAUUCCAGACAGCGCACAUGUGUUUACCACAUUUUAUGCUAAAACGAAAUCACUGUUAGUUAAUCCAGGGCUCUUUCCAAACCCUGACGAUUAUAACCAUCUAAUGGGUUAUGACAAACCAUUCACUUUUGAUAUGGAAGAAGACAGUGAGAAAAAACAGGUUAAAGAUGAGAAAUGAGUCUUGUUUUUUAGGUUUGUGCUUAAAUGUGAUUUAUGUUCCAAUGUAUAAUAAUGAAAUUGCCUUUACUUUUGUUUUCUGUUAGUGACUGAUUAAAAAUAAUUUGAAACUGUAUCAACUUUUAAUUUUCAGAGAAUUAUGUUCCUAUAUAAUAAAUAUGCUGUGUUUGAAAAACAAAUCAUGUAAUAUUCUACCAUUUGUGUUUUUAAAAAAGUGUGAAAAUACAUGUUCAUGCUGGCAUAAGCAUGGAUAAUUUUAUAUAAUAAUUGUGGUUGUCUCUAGGCUGGGGAUCAGGUGUCAGAAGCAGAUGGGAGAGUUGUUUUUCCUUUACGUUUGGAUUUUUCUAGGUGUAUAGAUACUAACUUUGCCCACAUUAAAAACUGUUUUUAAAAAUUCUAAAA